CACCAAUAGGCAGUCCCUCCAAAGUGGCCAAUUGCUUGCGGUCUCUACUUGCGUGUGUCUGUCCUGUCGACUCGACUAUUGUUCUUGCCCUUCCACCUGUUCACCUAGAAAUCAGACUCAUCCUCUUCCCUCUUCCUGUUAACGAAUCCCUUAGCCACAACUCAACCAUACCUGUACCAUCACCUUCCACACGAAAAACAGAUCUCGUUUCUUCCAGUGUCCAGCCUGAGAACAAUGCUGCUUCAACAAGUCUGUCCAGGAAAGACAAGCGCGUCCUUGCAGAGCAUCAAUGCUGUCGGGUACAACUCGGGACGAUACAUUCUGUACGCGGCAACAGAUUCGAUCGUCGUUUGCGAUGCGUCCUUCAAACCCAUUCAAAUCCUAUUUCUGCAGAGUGACUCCAAGGAAAGACAGAAUCAGAUCGUGUCGGCCGUGGUCAUGUCUGAAUUCGACGGAAAGAUUGCAGUCACGACUGAACAUCAUGUACUUGUCUACGCGCCCACGAACCAAGUCAGAGAGGGCGAGAAGAUCGAAUCAUGGUCCUUACAUGCGACCCUGAACUGCGAAGGCGUAGCCUCACUUGCUUGGAGAAACGAUGGCUAUCUCUUGACCGGAGGCGACCAUCUUACACUAUGGGCACAGCAGGAUGGACAGUGGACUCAACAAUGGCAGCAGAGGCAGGGUUUAUGUAUUGAUCUCAUUCAAUUCUCGCCCGACGGAAAACUAUUCGCAUCCAUGGCAAAGAACGACCGCCUGAUUAAGAUCUGGCAUCAACUACCAGAUGAGGAUUUGAACUUUGGGUUCCUUUAUUUGCCACAUCCGCGAGCUGUAACGAACUUCUCAUGGCGCAAAGAAAAGACUAAUUCAACAUCUCCAGAUUCUCCUAUCAAUGUGCUGUUCACCAUGGCGCGGGACGGAAUAUGUCGUAUCUGGUCACCCCUUAUCCUUCUUCAGCCGGAAUCGAUGUCAAUAUGUGCCAUUAUCGACCCCAAUCAAUGGCUCGUAUCUCAACAACAGUCUGCUAUUCAAUAUCCGAUUCACGCGCUCGACGGCAUGGAGUUUGCAAUGGCAGUAGAGUACGCUGCUAGCAAGACGGUUGAGAAGAACAACGAUGCGAACAGUAUUCGACUGAGAAAAUUGAAGGAGCUAGUCAGAGAUACCUCUGAUCUCUUCUUCCAGGUUCAAGACGACGGCUCCAUGAUCAUAUGGGGCGUACAGAAUCUUGGACAAGUCCCGCAGCGAUUGCCCCGCGUGCUCUUAGUGCUGCGUAUAUCUCAGGCGGUUAGUUCUCAAGAAACGUCGUUUUUCAUGAGGAAUAUCAUUGCUUAUCAUGACACAGCUUUGGCACGAUCCAGAGGUUCGCCAGCGGAUGUUAUUAUUGUUGGCCAAAGUUACGAAGGGCGCGUCAGCUGCUUCUCAAUCAAUAUGAUGGAGUUGUUCGAUAACGGCAACACUUUGGCUGGGCUCAGUCUGAGGCAAUCGUGGACGGGUCAGCAAAGCCGCAUCACGGCCAUCGUAAAGGACCAUCGGCAGCUUUGCUUUAUAUCUCUGGGAGACCUAGGCGAUAUUUCGCUUUGGAAGCUAAAGACACCAAGAUUUGGCCAUAGGGUAGCUGCUGGUCUGGUGGAGAUAGGAUCGCUUCCAGUCCGCGCACGAAAUGUUCAGCUAGUAACGCCAGCGUGGGAAGGAGGCUCCUUUAUGGUCUACGAUGGCCAACGGGUCACGCUUUAUACUGCACAGGAAAAUGCAGAAUGCACAGAAGCACUUGAUUUGCCGAAUUAUGACCCCAGCUAUCCGCUUAUCCUUCUGGACUCUUUUGAAAUCCCAUUCCUAAUCGAAAUCACUGGACCUUCAGGAAAGACAACUGACGUCUCAUGGCGACGUUAUGUUCUGGGCUUCAGUGCAAAAGAGAACACUGUGUUCACAUGGCAGCGAACUGAUGGCGGGCGACCAAUACUUUUCUCCAAAGAGCACCUUCCUCCAUCGCCAAUCUCACAUGCCAUCGCAGUGGAAUCCUUUGCAGGCACGCUGCCGAAGUCGCUUCAUUCGACACACGUCAAUGUCUUUGCUACAUAUUCAAAGGAGCAGACUAAUAUAUCUUACUGGGAGUGCAGACACGACUUUCACCUCCACAAAGGCGAGCGGCUUUGGCAGAGGGCAGAACGCAUUCCAACAAAAGACAAUCUAAAGUUCUUUCAGUGUGGAGCUAAUGGAAAGCUUGCCAUAGUCUAUGAGAACACAAAUGGAACAUGCGAUUUGGAAAUAUGGGGCUCAGUCGGCGGAAGAGCGACAGGUCGUUUGGAGAUGCUGUUCCCUGGACUUGCGCCCAUUUACGACUUGGAUUGGAUGGUCACGGCGGAUGCAAGACAUAAUCUUGCUGUGGCAUUCAGAAACACAGUAUCCAUGUAUGCACAGCAGCGCACAGAAACUGUGACCAGCCCUCCGAUCUGGAUGCGUUUUCUCGAUAUCAACAUUCCGUCGUUUAUCAACCACCCGAUCUCGGCUAUUGCCUGGCUCGACAUGGGCACACUAUCGGUCGGCGCUGGAGGCACAAUGCUUUUAUACAGCAAAUGGCUCAGCGAGGACUACAUGACUGUCGCGCCGGGAUUCGAAGACAUUAGUGUUGCACCUACGCUUCAUCAAGCCCUUUCCUCAAUGCAUGGCCCUCUUGUCGACUACCAUCCCAAUCUUUUGGUGGAAUUUUUCCUUUGGGGCAAGUUCGAGGUGGUCCGAAAGAUUCUGUUCAACCUCUAUCAUUAUAUGAGCUAUGUCAAUGACAGCGGAGAUGCAUCAGCGGGUCCUCUGCCGAUCCCACUGGAGGUUAUCCUUAAAACAGACGUGGCCGCAAAGCCCAUGAAAGCGGAACACAGCGACCUAUUCAUGAGCCAUGACGACUACGAAAGUGCGGAUGAAAACAAGUUCCUGGACGACAGGACAGCUCAGGAGAUGAUCGAGUUUUUGACAAGAGUUCCGCUGACAGGCCUUUCGAAGAGUGCUCAACUCUUACUCAGUGCCUUUAUCGAGGGAUUCGAGAAGAUUGACAAGCAGCACGGAUCAAUUGACGACAGCGGUCUCAGGUUCCUCCUCGCAGUGCGACGAUUCAAUUAUCUGUCCUAUAUCUUGCCUCCAAAUCAACGCCCAAGCAUGCUGAGCUAUCGCGACAUCACUUGGGGCUAUCAUAGUGAAUCCCAGGAUCUGCUGCUGGACUUUUGUUCGAACUUGCUUAAAACUCCUAUGAACUGGACAGAAGCGAAAUCUCUUGGAAUUUUCCUAUGGAUGCGCAAGAAAGAAACCAUGAACAAACAAAUGGAGAUCAUUGCAAGAAACCAGUACAUGGGAAAGGAUGAUAAGGAUCCUGUCGCCUGCACACUGUUCUACAUCGCCAUGAGGAAGAAGAAGCUGUUAGUGGGCUUAUGGAGAACGUCUCACGGACAUCCGGAGCAAGGAAAAAUGGUGACGUUCUUAUCGAAUGAUUUCGAGCAGGACAGAUGGAGGACAGCUGCACUGAAGAACGCCUUUGCCCUUCUAGGAAAACAGCGUUUUGCCUAUGCUGCUGCAUUCUUUCUGCUCGCAAACAGACUUCAGGAUGCUGUGAACGUGUGUGUGAAGAAUCUUAAUGACUUUCAGCUUGCAAUCGCCAUCUGUCGCGUCUAUGAACCAGAGGAGAGAGGUCCGGUAUUGAGGCAACUACUCCAAGAUUUGGUGAAGACAACGACAGACCCAUGGCUUCUCAGUUUGUUCUACUCGAUGCUUGGCCAGCCGUUGAACGCAAUCCAAGUGACUCUGCGUGAUGAGCCUAGCAGCGCUGCUCCCGACAGUGCAACAGCACGUUCACAUCGUGAUCCUUCACUAUUGAUUCUAUAUCGUCAUCUCCGCAAAACCACGCCCAAUGCAUCGAUCUACGAGGGUGAUGAAGAGUUUUCGGCGGUGGUUCGUGCAGCAGAAGCGUAUGAGCAUUAUGGAUGUCCGCUGCUCAGCCUGGUGAUUCUCAAGCACUGGGGUUAUGUGAUGCCGGUGGAUUCGUCGAGCAAGAGCACAAAGAAGGUCAAGAACCUGCUGGAAGUCCGCAGGCAGAGCAUACAGAACCUUCCAAGAUCAACAAGCACCUCAUCGUUUAUGGGAGGAUUCAGAUCUGGAGAGACCCAAGCAACCAAUCUCGACACAGGCGUUCUGCAUUUCGACGACUUUGACGCCAACAAGAAACCAGAGAUUGCGCAGAGUCCGUCCAUUGAGAAGGAGCCAUCGAAAUCGAACGGAAUGUCCCUUAUGGGUGGGUUCAAGUCUACUGGGCCACCCCCAGAAUUCGACAGCGGAACCUUCGACUUUUCCAACUUUGGCGAAGGAGCUAAGAAGCCCCCUGGCACUGGAAUGUCGUUGAUGGGCGGAUCCAAACCUGCAACACCAUCAUCUCAAGUUGAUAGCGGCGUGCUGGAUUUUGAGAGCUUCGGUUCAUUUUCGAAGAAGCCGAAUGGCGAUACACCCGAUGCACCAAAAUCAACUGGCAUGACACUCAUGGGCGGCUUCAAGUCUCCAGCGCCGUCUAGUAACAUCGACAGCGGGGCGCUGGAUUUUGAUGCAUUCGAAUCAAUGGGUCAGUCUUCAAAGGCGAACUUGGGCACCCCAGCAAAAGCGAGGGAUAUCUUUGCAGAUUUUGCCCCUCCAGCCGAUGACGGGUUGAACGCAAGAUCUAUUGGUAUGAAUGGGACAAAAGGUGACGAUGAUUCGGAGGGCGCUUCAUCCAAUAACGACCAUAUCCGAGGCACCGAAGAGUUGCUGAACGACUACAUUACUACACUCGUCGUACAGCUUCUGACUCCUAUGGCUUCAGCUCUCCGAACCGUGUCAUUGAAACCGGAGUUACUGGUGACCACAGUUUUCAAGGGAUAUGUCGAGAACAUCAAAUAUGGUUGGGAUAAAUUGUCGGAGCAUGCAAACGUAUCAAGCGUGGUUAUGGAGCAGGCACUCAUCUCCAAGUGUAUCGAGAUCGACACGCUUCCUGUUUGCUUUCAUUGGUUGAAUACGACCAUGAGCACAGGUUCGCCCAUUUCUGCAAUCGUGUCGCAUUAUUCAGAGUCAUGCUAUUCCAUGGUUGGUAUCGUCCUCACUGAGCGGUUGACCGGCUGCAUGAAAUCGCACAUAAAGGAAUAUGCUAGAGGUGUCCUAGUAUCGUCUAGCGAAUGGUUUAACCUGGCCAAGACAGUCAUCAAGACCGAGCUAGCGCUUCCUCGAUGGGAGCAGAUGGUCCUUGCAAGUUAUAUCAUGCUUGUGCUGAUGUCCUUACAGGAGCAGGACUAUGCCGCUUUAGCAGGAAUGCUUUUCCAGUGGAGACGAUUCAGCGGCUUUGUAGUCGGAGAUCGGGGCGGUGCCGUCAAGGUCAUCGCUGAGGUACUAGGGGGCAAACUCUAUUCGCCUUUGGAUGUGAACGCAAUUUCAUUCAGCCAGGAUGGAGAAAAAUCGGAUCGAGAAACGCUGCAAGAAGUUUUGCUGAAUGCGGCCACGACGAAUGCGCUAGUCAUGAGUCUGGAGGGGCUACUACGGGAUCACGGCCAUAGAAUGUCGAAUGAGACACGGAAGUUUAUCACCAGCUCCUUCUUGGACCGACUGACGCGAUCUGCGAUCGAGCAGGAAAAGAAUGUCAUUCAGCUCAUGAAAAAGUCGCCUCUCCAGGAGCACCUGCGAGGAUAUCUCGAUAGCUGGCAAAAGAAAUACUGGGUCCUGCUCAGCGGGCUCGAGAGUGGUGGACAUUUGCUCCCUCAGGUCGCCGCACUCUUGGACUCUCAUCGUCAGUGCCGGGACUCCUCUCCUGUACCGGCCGAGGACUCGACAGUGUUAUUUAAGACCCGUUCAGUGAUCACGUCCUUCUCAUUCAAUCCUGUCGAGCGAUGCAUCGUCGUCAUAUGCUCACGAUCCGAUAUAAUCGAAAUUGACAUUUCGAAGGCUCUGGAUUUCCAACGCACGAUGAAUACCUCUGACGCAAAUCAGAGCGAUAUGGAGUCUGAAAUGGAUCUGGACGAGGAAGAUGUGGAGGUGGACGAGGGUGAUUUCCUGGACGCUCAGGGAAAUGUAAUUGAUCGGUCCGUCAGCACAUCCAAAGCGCCUAGCGUGGUUGCAACCGAGAGUUCAGAAGAAAACAUCAGUCGCGUGGGAAGUCAGGUCAGCUUGCAGAACGUGUUCAAGAAUUUGUUCAACAAAGGACACAGACACGCUGGUUAUGCGUACGACCCCCAUCAUGGCGGUCUAGCCCAUGCUGUCACUGACGCGAACUUGCGUCGAUCACAAGGAUUGCCUCCUCUGAACAUGUCUGGUACUACACCAGGGGCAAAAGGAAAUGAGGUGGACAAUAUCGUUGUGAGGGCGGAUGUCAUCGCGACCUGUUCCGACAGUCAUCCAAGCUUCCCGCUGUACUUGACGGGCCAUAACCCUGUCCUAGAUUACCCUUGCGUGACACUAUGGCAGUUUGGUCAACCAAAGGGGCUCAACAGCUACACAGGAACCACCUCCAAAGUGAUCAGUGUUCACUUUGAUUCCUAUGGCCAAAAGUUUGGCGCGACGGAUGUUAAGGGCGAUAUGCAUCUCUGGAGGUUCGACUCCAACACUGAAGGCUCAAAACCAUUCUUGACCCUGAACUGUCAUGACAAAAUCGCUCGCGACUUUGCGUUCUUGGGGUCGAGCAGUGUUGUGGCUACGACGGGCACAUCAAGCGACGGCAGAAAUCUUGGCAUUUGGGACACGCUCUUGCCAAAGGAGAAGGCACUCACUCAAUCAUACAAAGUCCAUGAUCGCGGUGGGUAUUCGCUUGCAUUUUCGAAGCGACACCAGCUACUUGUCUCUGGGGGACGCAAUGGCGAGAUUUGCAUAUUUGAUAUUCGUCAGCCAAAACUACUGCACACAAUCCAGGCGCACGAGAUGCAUGUUAGAUCGCUCUACAUUGACGAGGCUGGACUGACGCUUUGCUCUGGAUCUGGGGAAGGUGACAUGAAGGUGUGGAACCUGGAGACGUUUGAGCAGCUGUCUUCCUUUGGCAACAUGCAAGCGAGGAACAGAUUCCAGUUCCAGACAUUUGACCGCAUUCCGGUCAAGGCCUAUGGUGUAUCGCAGAUUGUAGCCACCGACGACUAUUACUACACAUGCGGACCGACAGGAUUUUUGCGAGCCAAGCGAAAAGUAAACCACAGCACAUAGACUUGAAUGCAUUCGCAUAGAAAUAAAAACUUUUUGCGGGGAAGAAUUGAUCCAGG